AUCAGCCGACUGUCACUUUUAACAUUAACAGACUUUCGUUGUGAAUUAUACACUUUCAAUUCUCUCCGCCAUCCACAGCCAAAUUCACGGAACUCGUCAAAAGCAUCACCACCACGACGCGGCGGCGUCGUCUUCAGGUUUGAGUCGUGGAAUCGAAACCGAUCUUUGCAUGAACGGGGCUGGUUCUCUCCAAUUCCCCUUGUACACUUCUUACUCCAAAACCCUAAAACAAACCUCCAUCAGACACUACCACCACCCGCCGGCGAUGAAGGACCGGCCUCCGCCAUCGGCUUACGGCGCCGUCUACGUCCCCCCGCACCACCGCCAUCGCUCCCUCAUCACUUCCUCUGCUCCCUCCAAUCACUCCUCUUCUGCUCCCUUUGUUGUCGACUCAAAGACUGUCACCACUCACAACAACAACAACAACAACAACAACAGCUUUCCCAGAGGCAAUUCCUACCCUUACUUGCCUUACCACCAACACCAGCACCAACAACAACACCGACACCAGCUGAAGAAGAUUUCGCACUUCGAUGCCGAUGCCGAUGAUUUCUCGGAAGAAGGUUCUGAUUUUGACAUCGACCCCCCCUCCAAUCCUGGUGCUCCCACCUCAGAUAAUGUUGAUGGGUGGAAAUGGAAGUUAACUAAGCUCUUACACAGCAAACAUAAACAAGAGCUGGUGUCAAGGGACAAAAAGGACAGACGAGAUUUUGAGCAAAUAGCGUCUUUGGCAAGCAAAAUGGGUUUGUAUAGCAAUCUGUAUGUAAAAGUUGUCGUUGUUAGUAAGCUUCCAUUGCCAAACUACAGAUUUGAUCUGGAUGAUAGGCGGCCACAGAGAGAGGUGGUCUUACCUCCUAGUUUACAAAGGAGAGUGGAUUGUUAUCUUGAAGAUCACCUUUCUCAAAAGUUUGGGAGUAUGGAGAGUAUUCGGGAUAAUGCAUUUUCAAGAUCAAACAGUAGCUGUAGUAUUGCCACUGACGAGGGGCUUUUUGAGCAACCGGAGCCACUGCCACAGAGUAAGGCUGUCAUGGGGAAAAUCAUUUGGAGAAGAAGUAUGCAAAUGCGCAGUCAGCAACAAGCUUGGCAGGAAUCUCGAGAAGGUAGAAAGAUGAUGAAAUUUCGUCAAAGUCUCCCUGCUUAUAAAGAGAAGGAUGCUUUAUUAAUGGCCAUUUCACAGAAUCAGGUUGUUAUCGUCUCAGGUGAAACUGGGUGUGGGAAGACAACGCAGAUUCCCCAAUUCAUUUUGGAAUCUGAGAUUGAGUCUGUUCAUGGACCCUUAUGUAGUAUUAUCUGUACUCAGCCUCGACGAAUAUCUGCUAUGUCUGUUUCUGAAAGAGUUGCUGCAGAGAGGGGAGAGAAAUUGGGUGAAACAGUUGGUUAUAAAGUUCGGUUGGAGGGUAUGAAAGGAAAGGACACCCACCUCCUCUUUUGCACCACAGGCAUCUUGUUGAGAAGAUUACUGGUAGACAGAAAUUUGAAGGGCGUCACUCAUGUUAUUGUCGAUGAGAUUCACGAGCGUGGAAUGAAUGAAGAUUUUCUACUUAUUGUCCUCAAAGAUCUUCUUCCUCGUCGACCGGAACUGAGGUUGAUUUUGAUGAGUGCAACCUUAGAUGCAGAGCUUUUCUCUUCCUACUUUGGUGGGGCUCCAAUGGUUCAUAUUCCGGGCUUUACCUACCCUGUUCGAACUCAUUUCCUGGAAAAUAUUCUGGAAAUGACUGGAUAUCAAUUGACCCCAUACAAUCAAAUCGAUGAUUAUGGUCAGGAUAAGAUGUGGAAAAUGAACAAACAAGCUCCAAGAAAGAGGAAGAGCCAAAUUGCUUCAGCUGUUGAGGAUGCACUCAGAGCUGCUGAUUUUAAGGAUUUUAGCCCACAGACACAAGAAUCUCUGUCCUGUUGGAAUCCUGAUUGUAUUGGUUUUAACCUCAUUGAAUAUCUUCUAUGCAACAUAUGUGAGAAAGAAAGGCCUGGAGCUAUUUUAGUAUUUAUGACGGGGUGGGAUGACAUAAGCUCUCUGAAGGAUAAGCUCCAAGCUCAUCCUAUCUUGGGAGAUACAAGCCGAGUUUUGUUGCUUGCAUGCCAUGGUUCUAUGGCCAGUGCGGAGCAGAGGUUGAUAUUUGAUGAGCCUGAAGAUGGAGUGAGGAAAAUAGUGCUAGCUACUAAUAUUGCCGAGACAAGUAUAACAAUUAAUGAUGUGGUUUUUGUUAUCGACUGCGGAAAGGCGAAAGAAACAUCAUAUGAUGCACUGAAUAACACUCCUUGUUUGCUUCCUUCCUGGAUUUCAAAGGUUUCUGCUAAACAAAGAAGAGGAAGAGCUGGCCGCGUUCAACCAGGAGAGUGUUUCCAUCUUUAUCCCAGAUGUGUAUAUGAUGCUUUUGCAGAUUAUCAGUUACCAGAAAUUUUAAGGACACCUUUGCAGUCCCUUUGUCUGCAAAUCAAAAGUUUGAAACUUGGAAGUAUUUCUGAGUUCUUGUCUAGGGCUUUGCAGUCACCAGAAUUAUUAGCGGUUCAAAAUGCUAUUGAAUAUUUAAAAAUCAUUGGGGCAUUAGACGAGAAUGAAAAUUUGACUGUAUUAGGACACUACUUGACAAAGCUUCCAAUGGAGCCUAAACUUGGAAAGAUGCUAAUACUUGGUGCUAUAUUAAACUGCCUGGAUUCAGUAUUGACUGUUGUGGCUGGUCUUAGUGUCCGAGAUCCAUUCCUAACACCAUUGGAUAAGAAGGAUCUAGCGGAUUUAGCAAAAGCACAAUUUUCACGUGAUUACAGUGACCACCUUGCUCUUGUCCGUGCAUAUGAGGGCUGGAAAGAUGCUGAAAGAGACCUAGCUGGAUAUGAAUACUGCUGGAAGAAUUUUCUUUCUGCACAAUCAAUGAAAGCUAUCGACGCUCUACGAAGGGAGUUCUACUCCUUGCUCAAGGACACUGGCCUUGUUGAUGGCAAUACAACCACCUGCAAUUCAUGGAGUUAUGAUGAACAUCUCCUUCGAGCAGUUAUUUGCUAUGGCCUGUAUCCUGGAAUUUGUUCUAUUGUGCACAAUGAAAAGUCAUUCUCUUUAAAAACAAUGGAGGAUGGUCAGGUGCUUCUGUAUUCUAACUCUGUCAAUGCUCGGGAAUCUAAGAUUCCAUAUCCAUGGCUAGUUUUCAAUGAGAAGAUCAAAGUGAAUUCUGUUUUUCUUCGGGAUUCAACAGCUGUGUCUGAUUCAGUAUUGCUACUAUUUGGUGGAGCCAUUUCAAGAGGGGAUACCGAUGGCCACUUAAAAAUGUUAGGAGGAUACUUGGAGUUCUUCAUGAAACCUGCCAUAGCAGAAAUGUACCAAAGUUUAAGGAGAGAAUUUGAGGAGUUAAUUCAUAACAAACUGCUGAAUCCCAGGACAGUACACAAACAUAUCAAACUUAUAUCAGCCGUAAGGUUGCUAAUCUCCGAGGAUCAAAGCGAUGGCAGAUUUGUGUUCAACCAUCAGGUGCUACUGCCCUCGAAGCUGCCUCCUAUUACAGCAAAACCUCAAGCCUUGGUUUCAAGAACAGACAGUGGUCCCGGGGGUGAUAAUUCAAAGAGCCAGCUCCAAAUGUUGGUCACACGGGCAGGUUACGAUGCACCAACGUACAAGGCAAGGCAACUACAGAACAACCAGUUCAUAGCCACUGUGGAGUUCAACGGAAUGCAGAUCAUGGGGCAACCUUGUCAAAACAAGAAACAAGCUGAAAAAGAUGCAGCGGCCGAGGCUCUGGAAUGGAUUAUGGGAGGGACACGUAAAGGCCAUGAUUAUAUCGAACACAUGUCAAUGUUGCUGAAGAAGAGCAGCAGGGAUCAUAGCUAAACUUCGGAUGAGCACAGAAUCAUGUGAAAUUCCCAAACAGCCACAAGCAUGAUCGGAUUGAUUCCAUUGCGAAAAAAGUAAGAGGUACUGGUCAAAGGUAAGAUAAUCGAGUGGUUUGGAAUGUGAGUGCAUGGUUGUGAUCAUGGACCUGCAGCACGCAAAAUGAACAGUUGAAGUUUGGGAGACUAAUAAUAUUGGACUAUUUUUGUGCAUUUUGUUGGGCUCUUAGGGAGUAAGGUAAGGCAGUUGGUAGUGACUUUGAAGUGUUUAGGGGGGAGGGCUGAUGGUGCAGCAUUGAGGUCAAAGGUCACAUUGAUGAUCUUUAUUCACCCAAAAAAAA